UCCAAUUGUUAUUUAUGUUUUAUGUUUGAAUGAAAGAAAGAUUGAGAGAAAUGUUCCUAUUGGGUUGUUCGUUCACCCUUUUCUUCCUUCCCCGCCAAAUUCCUUCGUCCCUCACAACCCUUCAGAACUUUCACAAGUUAAGAGGUUUAGAAAUCUGUAACUCUUUGUAUUAACUAUAAAUGAGAUUUAUUAUUAUUAAAUAAUCGGACACUGUGAUUUCGUCAUUUUACAAAGAAGAGUCAAGAGAAAUAUGCAUGCUUAUGAACAUCCUUGGAUACAGCCAAAAACAGAGGGAGGCCCGCGUAGAAGCAUACAGUCUGACAGCUAUUCAUCAGUGCAAUGAUAAAGAGGACUGUAUCGGUACGGGAAGCAAGAUUGAAGGUGUUGCGGGCAGACUUGAGAGCGACUUUGAUGUUAUGUAUGUACCGACGAAUGUUAUUUGUAUCGAGUCCGGUACGGUUGAUGCGAAAGAAUUUUCUUCAAAAACCAUAUUAAGAAUUGAUACGGCUUAUUCUGCUCAGGCAUAUUGUAGACUAAAGAAAGAAAUAGUUCGCGCGCAUUGUCCGGAAGCAAUUGUCAAAUCGCUAACGCCCGAUGGGCAUGGAAACGAUUUGUUGAGCAGCGACCUUUAUUAUGAGCACACAAAACGAGAUGCUCAAAUUGCCGGUGGUGUAUUUAAACCUCGUUCUGGUCCGGCGUGUCCAGUAACGGAUGGAACACUUGAUUACGAUUAUGUCCAUGCUCUUCGCUGCCACAUUCCAAGCUUAUUGCGCCAAUGGGCAGAGAGGUAUCGCCUAUGGCCACCAGAUAACAUCGUGCAGAUGAUCGAGUCAAUGGGGGGAUUUGUUACCCCUGUAGGCUUUAAAGAAAGUACAUUUACGCAUUUAGAGUGGAGGAUUUGUUUUUCUUCUGGUGAGACUGAACUUAUGCACAAUCUGAAUGACACUCAGUUGAAGCUGUACGUGCUAUUGAAGAUGAUUGUAAAGCAUGUACUUAACCCCCAGAAGAAAGAGAUCACCUCAUAUAUGGUGAAAAACCUGAUAUUGCAUCUAGCAGAGAACAAUGAACAAAAAUUGUUUCAUGAACAAAAUUUGCUACACUGGUUGAAAGCAGCGCUGAGCAAAUUGAAAACUGCCAUUUCCGACAAACGACUGUCCAGCUAUAUGAUUCCAAUGAGAAACCUGAUGGCAUGUUCUCGUCUUGAAGCGAGUCAGCAGCGAACAUGGAUAAAGACAAUUAAAGACAUGAUUUCCGAAGGUCCGAGAAUAAUACUUCGACUGCAGAAGUUACGAACAGCUAUCAUUUGUUUCGGAGAGCCCCUCCUUUGGUAUACCAAGUUAAAGUUAGAGUUGGAGCUGUUAGAACUAUAUUUUUGUCGCCGACUUUUCGAACUGGAAUACGAAAAUUCAUCCAAAGAAUCAGAUACUGUGAUUCGAGAAAUACUAAGACGAAAGAAUGAGAUACUCCGAGAUGUCCAACGAUGUUUACGUAACGAGGGGAGUAGAAGAGAAUGUUGGAAUGACUUGCACAAGAUAGCGAAGAGUAUGUUGGAUUGACUAGCAUGAGAUGGUAGUGUAUGUUGACAUGACCUACAUAUAUAUAAGAAAGGUGGAAUGACAGAACGAUGCUCAUGAGACAGAGCAAAGAAUGCUGGAAUGACUUGAUGAGAUAGACGUUGUAUGGGCCGUAUACCUUAUUUCAAGGUAUACAUGAACAAUAUAUAUAUUAAGAAGAUAAUUGCAGGCAAUAUCAAUUCUGUUCAUUCAUAUAUAUUGCUCAUCUACUAAAACUAAGCAUCAAUUUUGUUUAGUUGCACAUUUCAUCACUUGUUUAAGACUAUAACACAGAGAUAAAGUGAAACGAUUUAAACAAGGACUAAAACGCGGUCAAUAUUACUUCUUUACCCAUAUAUGUAUAUAUUGCCCAACUACUUAAACUGAACCUCAGUUUUUGUUUAUUUGCAUAUUUUAUCAUUUCUUAAGAGUAGGACCCAAAAAACAAUCCCACGCCUUUUUCAAUUAGGGAAAACUGGACUUAAUGUAUGAGCAAAAAGUGUCAUCCCAGAUGAGUCUGUGCAGUUCACACAGGUAAAUUGGGACACUUUCUGCAUAUGCUGAAAUUUUAUUUAGAAGAGAAAUUCUUUAAAAUGAAAAUUACAUAGAAGAGAAUUUUUUUGUUUCUGAUUAGCCUUUAAGAACUGCGCUGCUUGAUCUGAGGCGAUGUUUCAUGAGCAUUUUUACACAUAUUGAAAUUAAAAUUAGACGCGGAUGGAUGAUCUCACAAAGUAUGUGCCUUGAAAUGUGCGUCCAGUUUUCUCCGCUGUUCUUUCUUCACAUACUUCUACCUAACUACCUGCUUCAGGGCAGACCGCAGCUUUGCCAAGACGGAUAUCUUGCUGUGGUGUUCUUAAUCUAUGUUUUCUAUUUGUGGUAUUCUAAACUUCUAGUUUUCUAGCUGUUGGUUCUCUAUAAGUUGUGUUAAGAAUAUCAGGGAAAACAUCAAACAACGAUAAAUAAUAAAUGCA